CGAAGGUAAUGGUGUGUUCAAUCAGUAGUGAGUUUGUUUUGGUGACUGACACAGUUUUACGGUUCGUGACCAAGGUUCCUCACUCAAAUAUUGUAUAUAGCACGAGUGUUAGUUGUGUUCAAUGAAGCUUAUUGUCAUAUGAUGUUUAUGUGGCCUGUACUGACUACACUGAUGACAAUAUUGGUCGGUGGGGGAAAUUGGCACCACUUAUUAACAUAAUGAUGUGACCCAGUGCCUACCUGUAGAUCUAAGCACUAAAGAGAGCAUCCAUGAGUCCUGGUGUGAAAAUGUUGCUUACCUCUGGGGUUUGUAAAUAGAGUUACUAACACUGUAAAGGUAGCCAACAGAUUUUACGUUAAGACUCUCGGUAUAGUGAAUGGGUGAUAACCACUUUACUUCCGCCCGACGAACAUCAUGAUUCUAUGACAGUUACUCAGAUGUUCUAAAUGCUCACCGGCCAGUUGGAGUGCAGUAGUCAGUGCGGUCACAGCCGCAGACAGCGGUGCAUUUGAGGUCCCACCUGCAGCUGGUGCAGCGACCAGUCCUACACUUGGAGUUGCAGCCGCAGAUAUUCUGGACGUCAUCAGAUCCAGCUGUGGCAGGACACACCUCCAGUGCUAGAGGUGUAUGCCGCACAUUAACGAGGGACCUGACGUAACGCCCAUGUGACGAAAGUCUUCAAGAGAGAGAAAAAAAGUGUUCUACGAUUGUUGUGGUAAGACCGAACACAGCCACAGUCUGAGAGGUACCACAGCAUCCUUAAGUAACGAUGGAGGUAAAAGAAUUGCAGUUCAUGUUUACGGGGAUCAUCUUCCUGCUGACGACGGCCACAGGGUUGAUGCCGGUGUUGAUGAGAGGGAUAGUCUCCAAAAAGAUGAUGCCUCGCUCCUCCCUCAAGAGUCGCCUCUUAUCCUGUGCUUCAUGCUUCGGUGCAGGCGUCUUCCUCUUCGUAUGCUUCAUGGGUCUCCUACCUGCAGCCGACCGCAAGUUCCACCAUUUCCUCGAGGAGCUGGGACAUACAGAUGAGAGUUGGGAGGCCUUUGCUGAAUUCCCGUGGGGAUUCUUCGUGGUCACCUGUGGUUUCCUCAUCAUCUUCACCAUCGACAAGCUGGUGCAUGCCAUGGAACACUCCCGGAGCGUAAGGAACAGAGGCUCUGGUCACAUCCUACUGAAGAAACAGCCGGAGGACACCUGCACCGAGAGUCCUAAUGGCCUAGUUACUAACGACAUGAACAAUCCUCACAAACACAAUCCUCACAAACACUACCACCACCAGGCAGGUCACGGUGUCCCAUCCUCUGUGAUCUUCCUGCUGGCUCUGGGGAUCCACUCACUCUUCGAGGGGAUGGCGGUGGGCCUGCAGACUCAGAAGGAGAAGGUGCUGGAGUUCUCCGUGGCCGUCCUGGUACACGAAGUCGUUAUGGCCUUCACGUUCGGCAUGGAGGUAAGCAAGAGUCAUAUCUUGAGCAGGUGCAACAAAAUCAUCUAUGUGAUGAUGUUUACCAGUACCAUUCCACUGGGUAUCGUCGCUGGUGUGGGUCUUCAGAGUGCUCCUUCAGAAAACAGAGAAAUUAUAUCCGCAGUGCUUGAGGCUUUUGCGACAGGUAUCUUCAUUCAUGUAAUAUUCAUCGAGAUUCUGGCGAAGGAGUUUCCUGAACACCACCACGACCGCGAAGACCACGACGACCACGACGACCACGACCACCACGACCACCACGACGACCACGACGACCACGACAACAACAACAUAUCCUCGAAGCCUUCUGAGGUUUGCCUCAUGCUGGAGAAGAUGGCGUCUAUUUGCUGCGGGAUCCUCCUCCUUAUUCUCUUAAAUGUGUUCAUGCACGCCCAUCACUAGUGCCAUGACCCCCACCAGUACCAUGUGACACACACCACUAGUGCCAUGUAACGCACACCACUAGUGCCAUGUGACACACACCUCGACUAAUGUUCAGCCCUCCGCUGAGUAGAUAGUAACUCGGUGUCUCAGUGCCAGCUCGUGGGUCAGACUGAGCAUCAGCUAUGGUCGUCUAUACUGAGGAGCAACACAUGUGUAAUACGACUUGGGGGCACUGAUGAUGUUGUAUGAUGCUACAAGUUGUCGUAACACCACAACGGCACUGUUUCUCACCAUACUUCCUCACUUAACUGAAAAUUCACUCCUUAUCUCACAAUACUCUUAACUAAAGCCUGUAUAUUAUACUGUAGAUACUGAAAUAAUAUACAGAUCAUUUCAAGAAUGAAAUGUUUGUCGAUACUGUGAUAUAAAAGUACGUCACCUCUCGCAACCUUCCGAGACCAAAAUGUCCAUUAAUAAUGGUUGUACCUCAAUUUCGAUUU